AGAGAGAGAGAGAGAGAGAGAGAGAGAGAGAGAGAGAGAGAGAGGAUCAUGGCUGAUGUCCCUCAAUCAUUUUUGGGAUUGCUUGUGACCGUUUUGUACCUGCUAACAGGUGUCAGUGGAGAAACUCUCUCUAUGUUCUCCGGAGAGGGAGAUGAUGUCAGUCUGCCGUGUAACAAUGUGGUUUAUCCAAACUGCUCCUCUACUACAUGGAUCUAUAACAGAGCUCUAUCUACUCGUACUAUUCAAGAGGUCACAUUGGGGGAGAUCAAAGUUGACCAGACAGAGAGAGCAGAGCGACUGAGUUUAGGGUCCUACUGUUCUCUACAUGUUAGUGAUGUCAGAGCUGAGGAUGUUGGACUCUACAUCUGUCGACAGUUCCUUACAGAGACAGGACCACAACAUGGAGGUGAUGCUCCUGUUCAUCUGUCUGUUCUAACUAGAAGUACAGCCUCUACAACAAGACCAGCCCUGUCAACCACCUCCCCAUCUUCUGCUGGUACCAGUAAUGCUGUUAAGUUGCCCAUCAGUCACAUCAUGCUCUUUGUGACACUGACCAUCAUGGCUGCCAUAGUCACUAUUCACACAAGGAGGAUCCGCCCACCCAAGGCUCUGCCCCCACAAGCAGAGAUGCUGCUGUAUGGUGAGAAACUCAUAGUGCUGAGACACUCUGAAAGAGGAAAGAGACAGAAAAAGAGCAGAGAGAGACAGAGAUACACAGAGACAGAGCAGAGAGAGAGAGAGAGGAUCAUGGCUGACAUCCCUCAAUCAUUUUUGGGAUUGCUUGUGACCGUUUUGUACCUGCUAACAGGUGUCCGUGGAGAAACUCUCUCUAUGUUCUCCAGAGUGGGAGAUAAUGUCAGUCUGCCGUGUAACAAUGUGGUUUAUCCAAACUGCUCCUCUACUACAUGGAUCUAUACCGUGAAUAGAACUGCCAUUGAACUAGUCGGUCUAGGGAAGGUGAAAAAACAACAACUAAACAACAUAGCUGACAGACUGAGUGUGGCGUCUAACUGUUCUCUACAUGUUAGUGAUGUCAGAGCUGAGGAUGUUGGACUCUACACCUGUCAACAGUUCCUUGCAAAGACUGGACCAAAACAUGGAGGUGAUGCUCCUGUUCAUCUGUUUGUUCUAACUCUCUCCUCUACCACACCAGUGACAGAUCUGAAGCCUAAUGUAAAUAUGACAUUACGGUGUUCUCUGCUCACCUGUAAGCAACAUGGAACGUGCCGGUCAAGAUUUAGUCUCAGCUGGGACCCUAAAACAGGUACUAAUGCCCAGGACACACAGGAUUCUUCCCGUGACAUCACUCUGACUGUGACACUCCAGAAGAAGGACAACAACAGGAAGUGGACGUGCACGCUGACUGAAGAGGGAAAUGUGAAGAUCUCCAUUGACUUCACCUCCACAUUCUCAGCCUCUACUACAAGACCAGCCUUGUCAACCACCUCCCCAUCUUCUGCUGUCGUCUCAGGCUCUCAGGACCACUUCCUCAUGGUGACUGUAGGAGUGGCUUUGGCAGCAGCGGUGUGUGUCACUGCUGUUGUCAUCAUAGUACGCAGGAGGAGAGACAUGAAUCAAGUGCCAACUGAUAACAGCAUUGGUCUGAAUGCAGUAAACCACUCCACACCACCAACCAAUGAGGACAAGAGUCAACCUGCUGACAGAAUCACCUAUGCCUCCAUUGACCACUUCAAUCAAAAUCCCCCUGAGAGAGUUGAUGCCCAAGGUGAAGAUGCAGUGAUGUAUGCCUCAGUUAUGCCCUAUUCUGGCAGAGGGAGAGAGACAGAGAACCCUGCUGACCCCAGCUCCCUCUACUCCACUGUCAAGUAACCUCAGGGAGACAAGACAUAAGGAGAGACAGAGAACCCUGCUGACCCCAGCUCCCUCUACUCCACUGUCAAGUAACCUCAGGGAGCCAAGACAUUAACAUGAAGACUACACUCUCUCAUUCACACCCUGAUUCCAGACCUGAUUUGGUUCUAGGACUAUACAUUUUUGUGCUAUUAAUUAAAAGUGACAAUCUGCACUAGUUACAUCAUUUCUGGACAUAUUAAUUAAUGAUAUGCACCCACUGACUCUAGAAAAAUAAAACGUAGAAAUGCCUCAUGAGUUUAAUUAAACUGUCAUAACCCAUCAGAACCCAAAAUAUAUGCUUGUUUUACUCCAAUGUUUGUAAUCAAAUGAAAUGUAAACAAACACACUGUAUAGCCUCAAAACAUGGUUUAAACUAUAAUAUUGAUAUCAUGGAUGGCCAGUCCUUGCAUCUAUAGCUCUGUCUAUGAGAGUGGUUCUCCAGCCCCAUCCCUCAGCUUUUCAUCAAAACAAUGGCGGAGAGUGUGAUUGCUUAAUGUUUCAACUGCUGAUUGCCUCUAUAAGAUGUGUAUAUUUGAUUGAUGUAGACCAAUGUGUUGGGAGACAGGAAAAGUGGAAGAGUUUGAGAGUCAGAAGGGUAUGCUUCAGAUUCAAAUUCAUGCUGACUCUGAUAGCCUAGGCUAUACAGUAACAUACUGCAAAUGCACAUAUAACAUAUUACUGCCCAAUGUUACACACUACUAUCCAGUGUGUACAACUUCUACUACAAGACCAGAGUGUGGCUACUUUGCAAGAAUCUCAAAUGUAAAAUAUUGUUUUGGUUACUACAUGAUUCCAUAUGUGGUAUUUUAUAGUUUUGAUGUCUUCACUAUUAUUCUACAAUGUAGAAUAUAUUCAAAAUAAGGAAAAACACUUGAAUGAGUAGGUGUGUCCAAACUUCUGACUGGUAUUGUAUGUGAAUGAGUUUGCUAAAAUAUCUAAAAAUAGGUUUUCAUUAUGAGGUAUUGUAAGAAUAAUUUGUUGUUUUUAAUCCAUUUUGAAUUCAGGCUGUAAAAGAACAAAAUGUGGAAAAGGUCAAGGGGUAUGAAUAAUUUCUGAAGGCACUGUAGAAAUACAUGCUCUGUGUAUUGACCAAGGUAAUACAUCUGACUUUGGCCCAAUGCUGUACCACUCAUAUAAUCUACCAUAGAACUGAAAUAGUAUAUUAAACAAUACUAGAAUAAGGUGGGGAAGAUGGUCCUGCAGUUGAGGCCUUCCUCCCUGGAUAGUAAUAGAAAACAUACAAGAUUAGCAGAGGUGAGUCCAGCAUGACAGAACAGUACACAUCAUAUUUACUAACUAACUCUGUAAAGUUAAAGAGUGAAAAGUCUGUAAAGUUUUCCUCCACUGUAAUCUCUAAAAGACUUGUCUCACUAGACAAUAGUUCCUAUGAAUAUGUAUGGGGCUGUUUUGACGUUAUCAGUCUUAGGCUGCUGAUGAGUACUGAUGGUUGUCCUGACAGGAAUCAGAAUAGUUCCAUCAGAACUGUCUGAAAAACAUAAAUUCAAGUGAUCAGAGAGCACCUUAAUGUUACUGGUCUGUCAGGCUUCACUGGUGUUGAAGAGGAGACUGAAAAAGAGAAAUAUCUUAAUGUACUGCUUAUAUUGCAUAUUACCGUAAAAACUAUACUUUUGUGCAGUGAAAUUUAAGCUCUGAUUGAUGACUUGUUCUUGGGUACUACUAGCUAGGUCAGCUGGUGUGUGAGUCUAAUAUGAAUAAUAAUGGUAUGAAAGUUAGUAAUAAAUUAGUAAAUGACA